AUGAAUAACGAUUUGCGACAUCUAUCCAAGCAAGAACGGAUCUUGUGGAACUUGCUAGAGAGUUUUGAAGAUUUUCUUCAAGAUUACGACGAUGAUCGGGAUCAAGGUUCACUUCAACCACGGCUGGCUAAAUUGGACGAGGCUUAUGAAAAGUUUUGUGAUCUACGUGUUAAAAUAGAAAUGCUUCUGGAAAACCUUGAAGAGGAUUCGGAAGACAGCGAUCGAAAGAUGGAAGUUCGGAAAAGGGAAAGCAAGAAGGUGUACAAGGGAUUCGUGACACGGUAUUUUUCAUUGAAACAACAGCUGCUGUCGAAAAUGGAGUCGAUUCCCGCACGAUCAACACAAUCCUCUGUUUCCGACACAGUUUUGCCGUGUCACACAAAAUAUCCGGAGCUUCAGCUGCCAACUUUCUCUGGAAAACUGUUAGAUUGGAUCAAUUUCCGGGACAACUUCAAGUCGCUGAUUCAUGAUAACAUCCAACUAAAUGAUAUGGAUAAGUUCAACUACCUCCGGACGUCAUUGAGAAACGACGCGCUUCUCCAUAUCAAUCAAAUUCAAGUUUCAGCAACGAAUUACAGCCUAGCGUGGAGCACGCUUGAAUCCAAAUUUGAAAAUCACAAGUUGAUUGCACAGGAGAAUAUGAAGGCUCUAUUUGCCACACCUGCCAUGGGCGCAGAAUGUUAUGAAGCGUUGAAUGCACUAUUGUCGGCGUUUAAAAUCAAUCUUCAACAGUUAGAAAAACUAGGCCAGAGAACAAGUGAUUGGAGUACAUUAUUGGCGUUUAUGCUCUCGCAAAAAUUGGAUGCCGAAACCUACCGUCUUUGGGAAACUCACCAUGCUUCCAAAAAUGUACCUACCUAUGAAGCCAUGUUUGAGUUCCUGGAAAAUCAUUGCGCGAUCCUACAGUCAACGGCCAGUCGAAGCGGCGAAAAUCAAAACACAAGAGCUACCAUCAGUCACAGCACAGCCACAUCAGAGGGAUUCUGCCCUAUUUGUCACAACGGAAGACACAACGCAGAGCAAUGCAUUAGAUUUAGCAGGAUGCGGAUUAUUGACCGGAAGUUUUUGGUGCGCAGAUUAGGGCUCUGUUUGAAUUGUUUAAAUUCCGGACAUUUUACUGCUGACUGCUCGCAAGGAACCUGUUCGAAGUGUGGACAAUAUCAUCACAAUCUUUUGCACCCGUAUUCUCCCAACCAAAACAACCCAUUCAACGUGCAGAACUUCGCUCAAGACCCACGAAGACCUCAACGCGCGGACAGUCAAUCAAGAAGGGAACCUUAUACACAUCAGCCUCAGUCCCGGAUGGAAAGCAACCAAUCUCCACAGAACACCUCACAACUUACACAACAGCCACCUCCCACAAACACACCCACUACUAGCCACCACACUUCUACUCUACUCAGUACACAACAGAACACCCGCACUGCUAUUCUAUCGACAGCGGUCGUUAUGCUAGCUGAUAGCAGUGGAAACACAGUUUUAGCCCGUGCAUUGUUGGACAAUGGGUCUCAAAUAUCUUUAAUUACCGAAGAUUUGUCAAAGAAGCUGAAUUUUGUCCGUGUUCAAGAAAGUCUUCCCGUAAAAGGUGUUGGAGGGUCCACAACUCUUUCGAAAGAAUCUGUCCUAGCUCGUAUUGUGUCCACCAAAUCUUCAUUUACGACCACCGAGACGAAAUUGUUUGUGCUACCACAAAUCACGUUGGAUUUGCCCCAAACAAGCAUUGACGUUAGUAGCUGGAGAUUGCCACCUUCGGUCAGCCUUGCAGAUCCCAAUUUCAACAAAUCAAGCCCCGUUGAUCUCGUGAUAGGAGUUUCUACAUUUUACGAAGUUCUGCUGCCGAACCAGAUGAAGAUUAAUGAUGCCGGCCCAAUCCUACAGAAUUCUCAUCUGGGGUGGAUUGUCGCAGGAGAGCUUCCAGAAGAAACAGUUGUUUCUUACAACGCCAUGAUGUCAACUGGAAAAAUAGCGAAUGAUCUGCCUCAUUUUGAGAUAUCAUGUUGGAGUUCUAUUCUCUCUCUUUUCCUUCUGGAACACUUCAGGCAUCAGAUUUACCCUACAAUCGAGCGCAACUAUUCGGAUGGCAUCAGUGUAUGA